AUGUCUUCUGAGGCGCCAACGUGGGCUAGAUGCCUAGUGGAGCCAGAAUACUUGAAGUCAAUCUCUGUGGUUAGCUCCAAUACCCUCCCGCAGCCACCAGGAUUCUCAAAGAAGCAGAAAUCCCAAACCAGAUCGGUGUCCAAGGAGGAGGGAGAGGCUAAUCGCGAAAGGAUUAACGCGCUACAGGUCAAGAAGGCAUGGCAGCUGGCCUUUCAGCCGUCCAAGGCCAUUCCAAUGAACUUCUUCAUGUCAUACAUGUCGGGGACCUCCCUGCAGAUCAUUCCGAUCAUGACGGCGCUAAUGCUGCUUACUGGGCCGGUGAAGAGCGUUCUACAGGUGCGGUCAACCUUUAAGGGCUUGUUAAACAACGAGGCGGCUUACGGGCAGGUUUUGGCGGCGAUGUGUCUGUAUGUGUUUUUCCAGGCUGUGCUCAUGGCAAUUGGGCUGCAGAAGCUGAACGCCAUGGGACUGUUGCCGAACAAACAUAGCGACUGGCUGGCCUGGGAGACGCCGAUGGCGUAUAGCAUGCAGUCUUACGCAUUCUAG